GGAUCCCGGCAGGACCCAGAGAUGCUGCUGCUGCUGCUGGGGCUGCUGCUGGGGGUCCCGGGGGCAGCCACCUUCGUGGUGCAGCUCUGGGGCUCCUGCGCUCUGGCUCCCAACGGCUCCGUCCCCGGCUUCACGCUGGGCUUCAAUGGGGCCCCCCUGGUGUGCUAUGAGCCUGGGGCCCCCGGGCGAGCCGUGCCCUGCGCCCCUGUGGAGCUGGGGGGCAUCGCCGAGGCCCUGGCCCAGGCGCUGAGCAUGAACCCGGCCUGGAGGCAGAGGAUGAGGGAGAGGGAACGCGCCUGCACCCGCCUGCGGCCCCACAGCAUCGGCGGCCUGGGCAGUGCCCCCCCCCAGGUCCGCAUCACCUCCUCGUCCUCCAGGGACCCCUCUGACCCCAUGCUCCUCACGUGCCACGUGUGGGGCUUCUACCCCCCAUCCGUCACUGUCCUGUGGCUGCACAACGGGGACCCGGUGACCCCCAGUGACGAACCCCCCCCCGUUGUCCCCAAUGGGGACCUCACCUACCAGACCCAGCUCAGCCUCAAGGCGGCCCCGGCCCAUGGGGACACCUUCACCUGCUCCGUGCAGCACCCGGCCCUGGACCAACCCCUCUUUGUGGAUUGGGGUCACGGGUUGCCCCCCACGCUGGUGUUGAAGGUGGUGGCGGCCACCGUGGUGAUGCUCUUGGGGAUCGGGGUCUUCGCCUUCGGGCUCCAUCGCUACCGGGCACCGGCCCCGGGUGAGACCAUGGGGACGGGGACAGUGCUUUGGGGGUGACACGGACCCUCCUCACCCCACAUUC